AGACAGUUUAUGAGAAUGUCAUUUUAUUUUUGUGAUGUAUUAUCUCCUUACGUCCUUCGUUCGUGCCUCCCGUUAAAAAAGCGACGAAAGCAUCAAUUCUUAAAGACGAGUCUCAAUGGUGGGGUUGUCCGCCACCAUUCCAAAGAGUUUAGAGACGUCUCUCACCCUGGAACAGCGGGAUCUCCAUCUGCAAUGGAAGCCCUUCUGGGAUUUCUGUUCCUGUUUGUGAAACUCCUUGCAGUAAAUGGAGAAAGGUGGAACGACUUAACUGGCCGCAGUUCUAUGCAGUACUGUUCUUCUUCCGUCGUCCAAACGAGCCUAAAUCUACAAGCUAUACAAGGAUUGUGGUAUGUGGUUCAGACAGUUUAUCACAAGCCGAACAACUCCAUUCCGGAGGGGUACAGCACACGCGAUGUCUGCCCAGAGUUACGCUUGUACCAAAAUCAAGACGAUCAAAGACACCAGACCCAAGUCAUGAGGGCAGAACUGAGAGAAGGCAUAUUCCAACAAUUCUACUUCUUCAGUAUUUACGAUUCGAGUCAACCAGGAGUCUGGGUGAUCGGGAGACAGAGUACAGACAAUGCCCAAAUGGACAUGUCCGGUACCGUCGAAGUCUUGAAAGCUGUCGGAGAUCACAUGGUGCUCAAAUUUUGCACCACUGGCGUUUCACUUUACAGCUCAGUGCUUUCGAGAUCCAAAACAAUGUCACAAGCAAGUCUGAAGAGCAUUAAUAGCAUGCUCACGCAUUGGAAACUGGAAAAAGUAUCUGUUGUCAAAACAUGCAUUAAUGGAGCCUCACCUAUUAUUCCGAGUGUCAUGUUUAUAACUUUUCUGGUGAUACUGCAAACUAACUGAAUAACGAUAAGAUGUGUUUAAUAAGGUGCAAUAAAUAUGUGGAAAUUUUGUACUUUAUAUUUGUAUAUUACGUAUUUAAUAUCUUUAUUACAAUAUCCUUUUUUUCUUAAUAAUUAUAAUGUCACAAAAUAUUGUCUUACCUGUCUUUAUUGUCUAAAACCUUCACUUGUUUUAAAUUGUUCAAAUAAAGAAAAAAUAUCCAAAGAUAUU